AUGAUAAAUUUAAAAGAAGAAUAACGAAUUGAAAAAAUAAAGUUGGUGAAUAUUUUUGGAUAACAUUUUAAAUAUACACUUAUUCUAUUAAUUAUAAAUACAUUAAUAAGAUCAUAAGGAAGUGAGUCAUUUUAUAUAACAAUUACAUAAUAUUUAACUUUGACGAUAUUUGCUUUUAAUUUUAUUGCUGCUACAUUUUUAGUUUGUUUAGAAAAAGAAUUCCCAAAAUUAGAAUAUUUCCUAAUUUAUACUGUAAAUAUAUUUGUAUUUGUUAUUCUAUUGGUUUAUUCAUUGAAUUACUAUUUAACUAUAUAAGAAAGUGAUCCUACUCUUCAUUUAUACAUUAAAGCCUAUAUGUUAAUAUUAUUAUAAAAGGUAUAUUAUUUAUAUAUUUACAAAUAGGAAAUAGAAAUAUUGAUAAUCAAGAUUUUUCCACUAGAAUUUAUGAAUAGAUUUGUCAAUAGUUUCACAUCAUGUAUUAUAGUAACAUUAAUAUUGUCUCAUUAAGAUGAUUAUGAAUGUCAACAUAAUUACUCAAUGAUAUUAUAAUCUUUGCUCUUAACUAAUCUAUUGACAUCAAUUAUAAAUGUGAUGUUUACAUUGAUUCUAUUUAAUUAGAAUAAAUAAUAAAAAGAAAUUAGAAAUUUUACAAAGUAAAUAUUUAUUUCGAUAAUCAUAGUAUGUUACUAACAGUAUUAUUUAUAAUUCAUAUUGCACAAUAUAUUAUUAUAUUAUUAAAAACUAAAAAUAUAAUGGAUUAAGAAUGUAAAUGUUUAAGAUUUAUUUUUGAAAUCCAAAAUUAUGUUACACCUAUAAAUAUUAUUUGUUUUUUUUCAGUUAUAAUUUAAGAGUUUAAAUAUUUUAAAUAGAAUUUGGAAUAAUAAAAUUAAUUAGAACAGAAUAAUGUAUAAAAAAAAAUAUGUAUAAUUUUUUAAUUUAAUUCAUUUAGUUAGUGUAAACAUUUAAAUUUCAUAAAAUUAAAAAUUACAUAAUAAACAAUCAAUGAAAAGUAUGAGUUCCCUUGUUAAUCCAAUGGAAGCAAGUUCAAAAUAUUUUUAAUAAACACCAAAUUUUAAAAAGUAAAUUUAUAUUUAUAUUUUAGUGAAAAAGUAGAACCAAAAUUACAAAAAUUGGGAACAAGUUAGUUUGGUGAAUCUUAACAUAAUCCAUAAAUGAUAAAUUCAUGGGGGAAUGUUUAGAAUGGCAAACUUUUUUUGUUUUCUAUGAAAGAAUAAAAUGAUAAUAUAGAAAAUUAAAUAAAAGGAAAUAAAUCAGUUGAUGAAAAUUUUAUAAGACAAGAAGAAUCAUAGAUACCAGAGAUAUUCUCUUAAGUGAAUAAUCCUAUGGAAUCUGGAAGUGUAGUUACAAUUCAUUGA